AUGGACACCUUAUCAGGACACCUGAAGUUGACCAGUGAGCCCGAAAAACCACCACCACCGCAGAAUGCACGGCAGCGCAAGAUGACGCCAGUUCCGGUUCCCGUCCUUCCACCAUUCUUUGAUCCAUUUGCUGAAACUGAGGAUACCACAACGACCCUGAUCCGUGUCCUCUACACGGUCACCCGACCCCCGCUGGAUGAUCCCGUGCGCGUCACCGAACGCCGUUUAGAUGUGAAAUUCAGCUGUCUUGAUCUUCUGGGCAACCAACAGACGCUCUGCGAAUUAAUCACCUUCUUUCGGCGGAUAGUCCCCACUGAGUCUACUCCACGAAGUAGGAGCGCUUCACGCUCGACGGACGAGGUGCCUGGGGAUCAUUCCAUUCCUACUCCAUCUCCCGCCCAUGCCACCGCUGCCGAAAGUGCUGCCAGCUCCCGUCCGCAUACUUUGGACGUCUUGGUCUCCGUGGAACGAUUGAGCCUCGUACUGGUUCGUGUACCCCAGCACCGAUGGCCAAGACGGCCGGAAUAUCUGGCAACUGCGACUUUACUUGGUGCUAACUUUGACUGGCAUCAUGGUGCGUUCAGGUGUUAUUUAUCUUUGUCGGGAAUAUUACUCUGUUUAUACACAUGUUGCAACACUUGGCGUUGGGUUUGGCGGAUUGAUGACGGCUACUAA